UUAGCAAUGGCGUACGUCCAAAAUUAAUUUGAAUCUCAAAAUCGUGGCAGAGAAAACUCUGUCUUCUCUCUGUUCAAUAACACAACAUACUUUCUUAGAAAAAAAGGCUCAUCCUCUCUCUUCCCUCUGCAACAAGUGUGAGUUGCUUUGUCCCAUUCACACAGCUACUUCCAUCACCACCUAAAAUGCAACUUCUAUCCUUUCAUUUUCUUCCGACCCUUUUUCCCUUUGGUCCCCGCCACACUGCAACGCAGUGCCAGAUACCAAUGCAGCUCUAGUUUUGCUUCUGUGUAGAUCUGACCCAUGUGGGAAUCUCAAAAAGAGAGAGGAUUUUGAUUUCUGGGUUUUCUUUUUUGGUGCAUUGGGUCAUUGGAAAAGUGGAAGCAUUGUUGUUGGGGCCAUGGGUUCCAAUGGUAGCAAAGCCACUUCCUCUUGCAGUUCUUCGUCGUCUUCUUCGGGGAGUUUAAGGAAGGGUCGAUCUAAGGGCCUUAGAGUUUUUCAAUCUUAUUGUCUUGGAACAACUUCUGGGUCUCACGAUAGUAAAAAUGACGACCAGGUUUGUGAUCAUAAUAAAGCCAAUGGCACUGCUGUUACAUACACUGAUGGCAAUGGAACAGACUCAGUUGAGGUGAAAACAGAGUCAUUUAGAAAGGUUAAUGCUGGUGAAAUGACUUUUAUGCCUUCUAACGUUGACCUUCAUGAAUGGGGUGAAACAAGCAUCCAUAACACAUCCAGAACUGGUAGCAGCUCAAUUCAUUCAUCGUCAACUCAUUCCUUGAACCCUACUAGUCAUUUCCUUUCCCGGUUUUGCCUCAUUCCUGGUAAUGUAAGCUUCGGACUUAGCAGAACCACCAGUUUGGGGUCAUCAAGGCCUUGUCCUGUGUCUUCUGCAAGUCUCUCAAUAUUUGGCAAUGAAGAUGAGCAUAAUCUCCAUCGUGGAUCUCUUGGAAGUUUGAUUAACAGAAGUGAAACCCAACAAUGUAGUGACUUGCUUCCUGCAUCAUUUUUCAAUCAAAUACAUGCACAAUGUCGCGAACAUGCUUCUAAUAAUUUGAGGUCAAAUGCCCCAACAUCAGCUGUACCUGGAAACCUGCAGAGCAGUUCCACAGGUGGAAUUUGUACAAGUGAAGGUCCAGGUGUGAACUUAUUUUCUCCAAGAACUCAAAUAGACACAGAAAAUGUUGACACUAGACAUAUUGAUCAACAAAAUGGAGCUAGAGAAUCAGUUGAACAGAAUGUUCGUUUUAGCCGAACUUUAAGUGUUGGAAGGCUCCAUGACAGAGUUCUUCGUCCAUCAACAUUAUCUGAACUUCGCCCUCUGCAACAAGAGAGGGAGCUGGUUGAUGUUAACCUUCCUAGACAGGAUAUUGAAAGACAAGCAGUGGAGGGAGAUUCACGAGUGUCACCAUCUAAUCAUAGUGCAGUGAAUUCUUCUUCUAUAUCUGGUUAUCCUCCAUCUAGUAUGUCUAACUCCUUGUUUGGCAUCCAAGACUAUGAGGUUGAAGCUUCACGAUUGAGAGAUGGUAGGUAUCAGAAUCUGCUGGAACAUAGGUCCAAUUUCCUUGAACGGAGAAGAAGAAUACGGUCACAGGUUCGUGCUCUUCAGCGGUUGGGUAGCCGAUUUGAAAAUAUUUCUGGACAUGAUAGAUCAUGUAUUUUGUCUGGUCAGAAUAGAAAUGGUCGUUGUACAUGCCGAAUCAAUAAUGGAGACACUUCAAAUGAUGAUACCGGUGCUAGAGCUAGCAUAUCAAGAAUUGUGAUGCUAGCUGAAGCCUUAUUUGAGGUUCUGGAUGAAAUUCACCAGCAAUCUGUUGUUUUAUCUUCUCGCCCUUCUGUAUCUUCUAUUGGAUCUGUUCCUGCACCUAAUGAUGUUGUGGAGUCCUUGCCUGUCAAGUUAUAUGAGAAGUUGCAUAAGCAUCAAGAGGAUGGUGCACAAUGCUAUAUAUGCCUUGUGGAGUACGAGGAUGGAGACAACAUGCGAGUGUUGCCGUGCCAUCAUGAAUUCCAUAGAACAUGUAUAGACAAGUGGCUGAAGGAGAUUCACAGGGUGUGCCCACUUUGUCGGGGGGACAUAUGCAUAUCUGAUUCAACUCCCACACAGAACUCCAGUGGCUAGUUGUUGAUGAGUGAGUAUCUGCUUUGAAGAAUCCGCUGAUACUUUCCUUUUGUGCUGUGAAUACCUCAAGUUCACUCCUUUUCUGCUGCUAUUGUUAUUGCUGUCAAUGAUUAUUUACUCUUGUGAUAAAUAAACAUCAAAUCCAUGGUAGGGAUAACUGAUCUGCUUAUGGGAGAGGAUAGAAGGAAAGUAGAGAGAAGGGUUCUAUCCGCAAAUUUUUUAUUUAUUUUUUGGCCCUUGUGUUUCAUCGGUUGAUCAGUCUGAGAAUGACUAUAUUGAAGGUUACAUGGAACAUGUUGAACAGGUCAUAAUGCAAAAGUAAAUAUUUACAAAGUUUA